CUGUUGAUAUCGACCGCCGGUUUACCAACGGUUCGGCUCAUUAUCGCACAGAAGCUUGAGAUGUGGAUUCAAAACCCAAAACUGACACGUCCGGCACAGGAUCUGCUUCUCUCGCUUUGCCUGAACUGCAACGAAACGGACAGCGAAGUGAUCGCACUUCUCGUAAAGAUGCGGCUGAAGACCAAACCACUCAUCAAUCACUUCAUAACGUGCGUCAAAGAGAUGCUCACACAAAACGAGGACACAUUCCGACUGGUGUUGCGAACCGUACUCUACAACGAGGUGUCGCCGACCCGUUCCCUAAACAACAUACAACUCAUAUCCAUAAUGUUUCAACACUCGCCCGAUAGGGCCACCCGUGUGUUGGCCGAA